UGGUAUUUCUAAACAAUGCCAGAGAGUGAGGGAGAGAGAGAGAGAGAGAUAGAUAUUCUCAGAUUCUUCCUUAGCGGAAUUCAGGUUUCGGAAAAUAGUGGUCUGGAGCGAAUCCACGCGACGGAACCAGAAUUAUGAAACGGGUCCGGGUCGGGUAGGGUCUUGGAAUCGCAGAAGAUCGUCGUCUUUGUUUCUUCUCUGCGUUAAACCUCGCUUAAACCUAGAGAGUUGCAGAAAGAUGUUUCGAGUGGUGGGAUCGGCUCUGAAGAGGAACAAGGACGCCGUUAAUGGAGCUCUGCGGAAUCUCCGAGGAACGACAUCGUCCCAUCGGGUUUUCACCUCUAAAACUGCAGCAGCUGCUGCUGCUACUUCUUCUUCUCUAGCUCGAAGCUCCCUCCAUGGCUUCCGAUCUCUUCUCAAGGGCCAAAACGGAUCGUGCUUGAGAAAUAUGUCGACUGCAGCUGCGGUUGGGAGGGAAAGCAAGGAGGGUCUGAAGCUGCUGGUCUCUGGAGGAACCCAAGGGCAGAAAUGGGUUGGCAUUUGGCUUUUCGGUUCUGCGGCAUGGGUUUUCAGCAUGGUGGUGCUCGGUGGAGUCACCCGAUUAACUCGAUCUGGCUUGUCAAUGACUGACUGGAAAUUCACCGGUCAACUGCCUCCACUUUCGGACAAAGAGUGGGUCAAGGAGUUUGAAAAAUAUCAGCAGUCACCUGAGUACAAGCGUGUGAACAAAGGGAUGAGUCUUGAAGAUUUUAAGUUCAUAUAUUGGAUGGAAUAUGCUCACCGGAUGUGGGGAAGAGGAUUGGGAAUCAUGUUUGCAUUGCCAUUUUCUUACUUUCUCCGUAAAGGGUAUAUUACUCUACGCCUUGGACUUAGGCUCUCUGGUCUAUUUGCGCUUGGUGCUGGACAGGGUUUCAUUGGUUGGUGGAUGGUGAAAAGUGGUCUGGAGGAGCCAGCGUCUGAAUACGCUCAACCAAGGGUCAGCCCAUAUCGUCUGGCAGCUCACCUGACCUCUGCAUUUGCCAUCUACUGCGGACUGUUCUGGACAGCUCUUUCCGUUGUUAUGCCAGAACCUCCAGCUGAAUCAGUGGCUUGGGUUCGUGGGGCGGCAAAAGUAAAGAGACUCACCCUACCAGUGAGCUUCAUUGUCGGAAUCACCGCCAUCUCAGGGGCCUUUGUCGCUGGAAAUGAUGCUGGUCGUGCAUUCAAUACAUUCCCGAAGAUGGGUGAUGCAUGGAUUCCAGAUGAUAUAUUUGAGAUGAAACCACUUAUUAGAAACUUCUUCGAGAACACAUCAACUGUUCAGCUCGAUCAUCGUAUCCUAGCAACGACGACAUUAAUAGCAAUCGGAAGCUUGUGGUGGUUCACUAGAAAGUUGGACGUACACCCAGCCAUUAGAACAUUGAUAGGAAGCACUGUGGGAAUGGCAACUGUUCAGGUGACAUUGGGUGUAUCAACUCUGCUCAGUUAUGUUCCGGUUUCGCUUGGAAGUGCACACCAAGCAGGGGCUUUGACUCUUCUCACCCUCAUGCUUCUCCUCAAUCACACUGUCCGGAAACCUUCUCCGUCUCUUUUCAAGUCCCUUCCUCAAGUUGCCAAACCACAUUUCAGCUAAGCUCAACCUUCUUUUCAUCUACUGAAACAAUUCUUUUUCUUCUGUUGUUAGUUCAUUAGAGUACCCAUUUCAUGAAUUGGGAACCAACCGUACGUAUAUUCUGUUUCACCUGAUAUAUAUAUGUAGUCUGUCAUUAUCAAUAAAGAUUCAUUAUGGCAAGGAAGAGGCCAUUGCCAGAAUU